UGGAGGCGGGCACAGCGCGCGGUGGUCUGUAACCGACUGCUGGGCCAGUGGCUGGGGCGGCGCGAGCCGAGCGGCCUGGCUGGGCAAGGGCGCCUGAGCCCAGCCUUUUGUGCUGAGCCGGCUCGGCGGCGAGGCCUCCCCAAUCCGGCCGGCCGCCGUGCCCUCGAUGCGGGUGGGGACUCAGCGGAGUAGAGCCGAGGCUGGGCCCGGGCAGUGGGCGUGGUGAGAGGCCGAGCAGCUGGCGAGUCCACGCAGGUAGAUGCGGCUUUGCGACGAUGGACGCCCUGGAGGAGGAGAACUUGGCCCUGUCCUUCUCCUCUGCCUCUGAUGCAGAAUUUGAUGCUGUGGUUGGAUACUUAGAGGACAUUAUCAUGGAUGAUGAGUUCCAGUUACUACAGAGAAAUUUCAUGGACAAGUACUACCAGGAAUUUGAAGACACAGAGGAGAAUAAACUCACCUACACACCCAUUUUUAAUGAAUAUAUUUCUCUAGUGGAAAAGUACAUUGAGGAGCAGCUGCUGGAGCGGAUCCCAGGGUUCAGCAUGGCGGCCUUCACUACAACAUUACAGCACCAUAAAGAUGAAGUAGCUGGUGACAUCUUUGACAUGUUACUCACGUUUACAGACUUUCUGGCUUUUAAAGAAAUGUUUCUGGACUACAGAGCAGUAAGUUACAAGAAAAGGAAGGCCGGGGACUGGAUUUAAGCAGUGGCUUAGUGGUGACAUCAUUGUGCAAAUCCUCUCCUGUGCCAGCUUCCCAGAACAAUCUGCGGCACUAGGUAACGAAUGGGAUCAUUCUGGAUGUCACCAGCUAAAUAGUCUCAGAGAGACUUCGGCUGAUGACAAUAGAAGAGUGCAUCUGGGAAAGACUUAACUGUUCUGCAGCCCUUCAUUCGUGUUAAGUAUUUACAGGUCAGAAACAUAACCUGACCCUCCUAGCCCCAUUUCUCUUCAAACACCUUCCUAUAUUCGGUAACCCCAGUGCUCCUCCCCAGUGGACACCUACUCAGGUGCUUCUGAGUGAGGCUUCAUCUCCCAGCUUCGCCACCGUGCACACCAAUAUGGCUGUCAGCAGUGUGGAGGAGCCCAGUCACCAACCCUGUCCCUGCAGGCUUUGCAUGAGUCCUUUUGUGUAUUCACAGCUCUUUUUUUUAACAUGGGUCAGAGUUUCAGUCUUUCAGCUUCAAUGGGGCUUUUGUUAGGGAGUAUUAAUCCAGAGUCACUCACCUGAGCCAGUCACCCAGCCUGAGAUCUCAGAAUCUCCUGUGACCCCUGUCCUGGCUGGCUGAAGUGACAGAAAUAUCCUUUACCUGAAAGCUCCAUUGAAAAUCUACUCCUUUCUCACAUCUGUACCGUCUUCUGCUGGUCCUGAUAUAGUCUCCCUCUUUCUAGAAGUCUCUUUUUAAACAUUAUUUUCAAGAAAAUAUUUUUAUAGUUGAAUACUCAGGCUAACCUAGUGGAUAUGAUCUUGGAACUUCCAUGAUCACCCACUUAAAAGAUCAAAGUAUUAUAUGCUGUGUGCUCUGUAGCUGUCAGUGCUGUGAAGGCAAAAAUGCUUUCUUCACUGGUGUGGAUGUGUGUGCUGUAGACUAAAGCUAUCCUGUUGUAGUAAACUCAUGCUGUCCUGCUGUUGAAGCAUGUUAAAUGAGUUUCUGCUUGCUUAAAUCCUUCCCGUAUCAGCCACUUGGUUGGGUAUGGUGGGAUAGGUAGAGACUGCAGUUUCUUCUUCCUGUCCAUACCUCUCCUGCCAACAUGGUGCUCCCCUGUCCAGCUUGGCCAGUGGACACUCUACUGGUCACCUGUCAGCGCUGACUUAACACACUGUUGGGUAGACUAUCACCGACCUGGAAACAAUUCGCAUGUCUACAAACAAGAAAAAACAGUUCAAUUCUAAUGUGUACUUUUGAUUUCAUUUAUAGUGAAAAUGAGAAUCUGUAUUUCAUGUCACUCAUCUCUUCUGGAUUUAAAGAAUAAGCUAUAAGCUGUGUUUUUCUGUACUAAUAUGUUGCUUACUUUUGUACCAUGAGUAAAAUUUGAGGUGUUUUACAAAAA